AAUAAAUAUUUAUUGUUACAAGUAAAACGAUCCGGCGAUAGUUUGAAUAACGUCGAUCAUUUAUUAGUAACUAUCAGCGUCUUCAACCCAGCAGCAAUCAGUAUGUGAGUGGAGGUUCAUAUCUCUGGUCCAGAGAACAGCGUGAGGCGAGCAGCGUGUGCAGCAGCGGAUGUGAAGUGAGCAGCGUGUGCAGCAGCGAAUGUGAAGUGAGCAGCGUGUGCAGCAAACAGUGUGAGGAGAACAGCGAGUGCAGCAGCCAGUCUGACAUUUUUGGGUUAUCCUAGUGUGAAGAUGAGCAGCAGUGAGGUCCAGUGGCUACGUCCGGUCACCCUGACUGAGGAAUUAAUGGAACUAGGUCACCAGAACCGGUCGUGCCUAACCUGCUACACGUUACACCUGGCUUCAUGCCAGCCUCUUCACCAUGACCUGGUGUACUCAGCUCUUACUCACCUGUUCAGGAAGGUUGAGGUGCUGAGGGUCUGUCUUGGUCAACGUGAUGGACGGCUGUGGCUCCGACAAAUGAAUGGUUGUAACCUCGACUUCAAGAUUGUGGAAAAAACAAAGACGGAGGAAGUGGAAGAGGAGCUGACUCACUACAUCUACAACACAUCUGAGGGACCCAUGUGGUGUGUGAGGCUCCUCGCCCUGCCACCUACACCAUCCUCCACCGAUCUGGAUUCGAUUUUCUCUCAUAAUUACGCUCUCAUGCUUGGUAUCCACCAUUCGUUAGCUGACGGGUUCACUAAUAUCAAUAUCUGCAACCUGGUGCAUACCAUUCUAGACGAUAUGGUUGCCGGUCGCCCCGUGAACGACGAACAACAGGUGGGGAAGCUUGUUGGUGACGAGCAAACUCAGAAACUUUACGAAGAGCAAAGGCAAAAGUUGUUGGGAGAUCCGGAACUCAAGGAAAGAGUCAGAAAGGAUUUUCAGGAUGGUGCUGAUACUCGUCCUCUUUUCCUGGAUGCCUUUCCUGUUUCAGGACGAACCGAUGUGAAAACCUGCUUUGUUAAUAUUCAAUUCGACAAGAAUCUAACGUAUUCUUUUCGUCGAAAGUGCAAAGAAGAGGGAGUUACGCUUCACUCUGGACUUGUAGGUGUCAUCAACGCCACCCUCAUGAUAAGGACGGUAAUAGGUUUAGUAGAAAAAUAGAAAUGAGCAGGAAGGGUAAAGAGAAAGGAGAGUCUUUCAAUGUUUAUUAUGCUAAUUGCCGUAGUGCUAGGAAUAAGAUGGACGAGUUGAGAUUAGUUGCUAGUGUAGGUAACUUUGAUGUAUUUGCCUUAACUGAGACGUGGUUUAAUUCAAAAAGUCGGGACAUGCCUGCGGAAUGUCAUAUUCAGGGUUUUAAAUUGUUCCAAGAAGAUAGAAGUAUUGGGAGGGGGGGUGGGGUGGCAUUGUAUGUCCGAGAUCGCUUGAACUGUUGCAUAAAAACGGGUAUUAAGUCUGAAGUAACACAUACAGAGUCUGUUUGGAUAGAAUUUUCAGAGGGGCAUGAAAAACUGAUUUUAGGAGUGAUAUACCGUCCCCCUAACUUAGAUAGGGAC